CUAUUAUAAAAUGAAAAUUCAAUUAUAACUUUGAAAUGUGCAAUAAAAGCAAAAUCCAACAACCGGUGUUGUAAACACGAUAUCAACAUUUAUUUUUAAACAAAAAAAAACUUCCGAUAAAUUGCAGACAUAAUUGGAAAUGAAUUUUCAAAUAUUUAUCACAAAACCUAAUCCAAUAACAGUGGAAAUGAUAACAACAUCACGAAUACAGACAUUGAAUGCUGUGUUCAUUAAAACUAAUGAUUAGUUCGCAGACAAUAGCAAUACGAGUGAUAUAAAUAAAUAACUAAAUAGUUGUAUACAUCAGCCAGACAUCAAGGAACCGGUGUUUAGGUGGGGGCCGGAUAUCUGAAUUACCCAUAGCUUAGCAGACAAACGGGGAAAAGGAUGGCAAAGCACACGACAACACAUCUAUUCUUCCAUAUGAAUGACACGUCUUCAGCCAACAGUCAAAACAAAAUGAAUAGUUAUGGCGGAGGGACUGGUAGUCAGCGGAAACCCACCAAACGCACCACCACUACACUGAACCACGAAUUGAAUAAUAGUUUCGAUUAUUACGACUACUUUUCAAACUAUGGCCGUCUUAUGUCCACACCUCCGCUCUCGCCCUCCCAUUCCAUGCCCAGGGAGUCUAUACGGGAACGGGAGUACAGGUAUGUCGACGAGAGCCGACGCGCUUAUUCUGGUGAUAGGGACCACGAGCGACGGUAUUGGCGCCGCCCGGGUCCGCCCAAGUAU